AUGGAAUCACUUCAUAGGCAAGGCCACUGGUCCAAGAAAAACAUCCAGAGCUUACUGGAACGUUUGCAAAAUAAUCUUCUGUCCAAUGGCAACCCAAGUUUCCAAACAACCCAGUCACAUCUGGACUGGGAGAAAAUAGCUUUUAAAGAUUUUUCUGCAGAAAUGUGCAAACUCAAAUGGACAGAGAUUUCUUCCAAAUUAAAGAAGUCCCAGCCACUGUCAGAAUUAGUGCUGGAAGCCAAAGAUCUUGUUAAAAAUCACCAUAGAAACAAUGAGUACAAGAAAUAUCCAGACUUCCCCAAAAGGCCAUUGACUGCAUAUAUCCGAUUUUAUAAGGAGCAGAGAGCUCUCUACUCCCAAAAGCACCCUAAUCUGAGCAAUCAGGAGUUAACCAAAAUCCUAGCUGAGGAAUAUAAGCAGCUCCCACAGCAGACAAAACAGAAAUAUAUGGAGGAAUUCCAGAAGGAGAAGCAGGGGUUUAAAGAAAAACUGGCUCAAUUCAGGAAAAACCACCCUGAUCUAGUCCAGAACUCCAAAAAAUCUGUUGGUUCCAAGAGACGCCGAAACAAAGCCCCAAAGAGUGUACAAGGAAAUGUGAAAACUGAGAGGUCUCCUUCAAAAACUGAUGCAUUUUGCAAGAAUUUUAAAUUUCAUAAAGAGCCCAAGAAACCCCCCAUGAGUGGAUAUAACAAAUUUCAUCAAGAUUCAUGGUCAAGUAAGGAGCUAAAACAUUUGCCCCUGAGGGAGCGAAUGGUAGAAAUUAGCAGACGCUGGCACCGUGUGCCCCAGAACUUGAAAGAACAUUAUGCAAAGCAGGCUGAGGAGCUACAGAAACAGUACAGGGUGGAUCUGGAUCUCUGGCUCAAGACUUUGUCACCUGAGGAAUAUGCUGCAUACAAAAAGAAAAGCCAAGGUAAAGGGAAGAACAUGACCAUGGGAGGAGGCCCAAGCCCCAAGUUCAGAAAAGCAGACAUGCCAUCCUCACCAGCCAAGCGCCUGCCUGAAGGACUUAGAAAGGAAAAGGGGCUGGAGGCUCUAGAGACAGAUUCCUUGAAGACAAUUCAGAACAACUAUCAUCACGGACAGGGAUCAAAAAGGAAAAUGAAGGAAGAUGGGGAAGAGGAUGAAGCAAGAAAUUUCUCAGAUUCCAGCAGUGGAGAUGAACAUGAAGAUGGUAGUUUAUCUUCCUCAGCAAAAUCCUCAGACAUCUGAGCUUUGUUCACAUCUUAAAUUGUUAUUGAGUGUCCACCAAAUUCCAGGCAUCCAUGUCAAAGGCUGGAAAGUUCUUCCAGCACCUUUUUUUCUUCCUACUUUUUACCCUUCCUCUUUCUACCUCUUCCCUCUCAGUACAAAGGAGUAUAGGUGGGAAGAUGGGAAUUCAAAGAAGUACUUUCUAUAUAGAUAAUAUAAACCUCAGAAGCAGUAGUCCUUCUGCAAAAAUAAGUAUAUAUUAGCUGAUGUUGCCCCACAUUAUCCCCCAACACCAUGUGCAAAGUAUUCCACUUAAUUAAAUCUGUGAAUAUAAACAUUGAGAUGAUCGGGCUGUGGGAAGUGGGGCACAGUAGCCAAGAGUGAGUGGUUCUGAAGUUUUGCUCUCAUGAGCUUGUGCCUUUUGCCCUUCCCUAUGGAGUUUUCCCUCAGGACUCUUGCACUGAUUCUGGGGUGAGGAGUCAUUGAUGGGACAUGGGGUAGGUGGUUUAGGAAAAUCUACAAACUCCUGGUGUCUCUCCCUAUUCCUUGGAGUCAGAAGUUGGCCAU